UGUAUCUAAUGUUACAAGUAUUGAGGAACAAAGACUAAUUAAUAAACUUGAUCAUGCUGCUAGGAAAAUUUUUAAAGUCUUUUAUUUACAGUAUGAAUGCCAUCAACAGCUAAUUUGGCAAUAUCAAGCAUGGCCAAAUGAAACAAAACUACCUCUACUUGAUGGUAAAGAAGAAAUUAAAAAAUUAUUAGAAGUAAUAGAAUAUCUUACACAGGAGAUGGAUGAGCAAAUUUGUCUAGAUGAUGUAGUGGAUAUAUUGAAAACAAAGGAAUUAAUUCACUUUGCUUUGACUGAUUUAGUUGUUCGUGGUCUAAUUCAAGAAGAUAUUAUAUUACAAAAAUCAUUUGAAGGCAGUACUUGUUUGUCUAGUAGUAUUUUUAUAGCUAGUGUAGUACCUGGUGCACAAGCAAGUGCUAAUAUGCAAAUAUGGUAUUAUUUUGUCAAAUAA